UUCUUAAAAUCUGACCAGAGCUAGCUGGAAAAAGUAGUAGGACCAAACAAAAGAAGUUUUUAACACCAAAACACAUACAACUUUGAAUUUUUGUGUGUGUGGCCUUAAUGAGUACCAGAGCCCAUUCUCCUUUCUGUUUUGUAUGGACCAUCAGGCUAGGGCUGAUGGGAGUUGUAGUUCAAAAACUUCUAGAGAGCACCAGGUUGGCAAAGGCUGCAUUAAGGGCUUUAAAGGUUAAUACCAGCACCUUCCUCUUGAACCCAUAAAUUAACCGGUAGCUUUUCCUCAAUAAGUUACCAGUGGCUGCUUUGUUUACUCUCGGCUGCCGUUGCUGGAACCUUAUUAUGACCUAAUCCCUCAGCCGCCACCUCUCAAAUUCCUCAGGCACCUUCGCUCCAAAGUCCUUCUCCACCUUUCCUUUGGGGCUCUGAACGGCACAUUUGUCUCUAGGCUGCUCCUGACCAGGCGAACACUGCCCCCCUCCACCCCCAAGUUGGAGAAAUAUCAGCCAGGAACUUAAAACCGCUCCCCUCUCCAGCGUAGGCCUCGGAGCCUGCCCUUGGCUUUGCUCCCAAAGCGGCACGCCUGGAUCUGUCAGCAGGUGUCACGCCUUUCACACCCGGAUCCUCCCCAACAGGUGGGCCGCCUCCUCAGGCUGAGGGAGUGUGAAGGUGGAAAAGCAAAGCGCUUCUGGCUACAGAAAGAGCCACCCGCCUGGCCUUCGCUUGCAGGCAGGGUGUAGCGGCAGCCUCAGCCCGUCCUCCUCUAGCAGUUCAUUUCCCUCAGGCCUGGAGGUCAGGACUCAGUUUGCCAUCAUGGCAAAGAAAGAGGGUCUGAAAAGGCGGCUUUCUCGCUUCUUCUCAAGGAGUGAGUUGAGCUUGAAGGAGCUGCAGCAGAGGCGGGAAAAUGAAGAUGAGGGUCCCAGGUUGGCAGGAGUGAGAGAUGAAGGCGGCAGAGGGAAAUGGAGGAUGAGGCCUCGGAAGAAGAGAACCUCGGAAGGGGCAAGUGAGGAGGAUGUAACCUCAGUGCAAGUGAAGCAUGUUAUGGAGCCCCCUAGUUGCAGUAGGUCACAGAAGCCGGCAUCGAAGACCCAGGCUCUCAGUUAUUCGGAGCCUGAUUUGUGGAGGAAUGGCCUACUGCGCAAGUUUGGGAACCUCACUUGGCACAAGCGGCAGAGUAGCCAUUUUGAACUCUCUCAGCACCCUGGGCACCUGGCAAGCAAUCCUUGGUCAAUGGGGCGUCUUCAGAGACCAGCUGUUGGCAGUGACAUGGAUAUGAGGAGCAGGGCUGAUUUUUAUCUUGCUGAAAAUCAAUCUGAAAAGCAGGAGAGACCUGAGCCUUCAUCUAGGCUAAGUGAAACACACUCUCUAGGGACCAGCCCAGAACCCUCCACAUCCUUUGACUCUUUGCUUUGUUGGGGAGAUGGAAGCUCUUGGGAAGGGUCUUUCUCCAUCAGUAAUUCUUCUCUGUGCUGCCCAGCGGCUCCCGAAAUGAAAGGAGAAGCCCUCAAGCUCCCAUCAGUCCUGGAAGAAAGCAGCAAGGCCCCCAAGUCUGCCUCAGAGUGGACUGAAAGUGUAUUUGAAGGGUAUUUGACCAUGGGGAUGUCCCACCCUGUUGUUACAGAACAGAUGGAGAACCUGAGCUUCAGCAGUGGCCUUGGAGAGUCCGUCUCUGAGCAUGUUGAUGGUGCAGAGGAUGCUAAGUCGGCCACAGCAAGCCCACCUGUUGAUCAGCCUCUGGAGGUAGCAGAUUCUGCCUCGGCCAUUAAAAUCAGCCUGGGCAAGAAUGCCCCAAAGAUCCGCUAUGAGAUAAUGAUUACAAUGACCAAGGAGGCGGAGAGGGCUGAAGCAGAACCCACAUUCAGUUGUGGUGAAAGAAGCCUGCCGUGUCACCCGUCUGGGGAGGAAACACUUUCUCUGGGGGUUGCUGAGUUAGAGAAAAGAAAGGAGCGACGUCACCAGGAACCAGCCAGACCAGCUACCCAGCUGUCAGCGAGCGAGGAAUUCCAAAACUGCAGAGGGCUGCAUGGGGUGGGAACCUGUAAGGUGUGCGGGCCAAUACUGACUCUUGCCACUGGGAGCCCAGCUACGCUGCAGUGGGGAUCGGAGACCAGCCCAGGAGUGGGUGAGGCAGACCAGAGUGAAACUGAUCGACUGCACUCGGAGGAUGGUGUGCCGGCGAAAGAGACAGACAUCGUAGCAGUAGGAUCCCCAGCCAACAGCUUUUCUGAGUCAAGAGGACUCUCCGUGGCAUCUGAAAGCGAAGGACCUCAGCCUACAGGACCAUUUGACACUGGAAGAGGCCUCCUUUGCACUCAGUACAGAAUGGAGGAGGUCGCUGGUGGGUCUCGCUCCGCUCAGAGCAGGUCAGGGGGAUCCACUGCAACUGCCUCGCUCAGAAGGAAGACAACACCUUCUGAUCUACUGAAGGAAGAGACCAAACCUUCCUUUGGCAAAGUCUCAGCUGUGACACAGAUGCUGGAGAGAGGAAGUACCAGAACCAGAGGCAACAGCCCCUCCAGAGUGUCCGUGUUGCUCGAGGCCUGGGAGAAAGGGCUUGUAGGCACGGGCACCAUUGGCCCAUCUUCCUCAACAGGCAUCAGGGACUCCCGUUCCCCCGUACCCACCAGGCGCAGCUUUUCAGCCAAAGAUGCUCCCCACCCACUUUUCUCAGAAAAUACCAGGAGUUCUCUUUCUCCCACAAAUGCCAGGCAGCCCAUUUCUCCAGCAGGUAGCAGGCGACCCCUUUUUCCAGCUGAUACCAGGCGGCCCCUUUCCCCAGCAGAUAGCCAGCGGCCCCCUUUUCUAGCAGAGACCAGAAGGUCCCGAUCUCCAGCACAUACCAGGCUGUCUUCCUCACCAGCAGAGACCAGGAACUCCUUCUCUUCAGCAGAGACCAGGCGGUCCCGAUCUCCAGCACAUACAAGGAGGUCUUCUUCACCAGCAGAGACCAGGAACUCCUUCUCCUCAUCAGAGACCAGGUGGUCCCAAUCUCCAGCUGAUAUAAAGGAGUCACCAUCUCUGGCAGACACCAGGAACUCCUUCUCUUCAGCAGAGACCAGGCGAUCCCGAUCUCCAGCACAUACCAGGAGGUCUUCUUCACCAGCAGAGACCAGGAACUCCUUCUCCUCACCAGAGACCAGGCGGUCCCAAUCUCCAGCAGAUGUAAAGGAGUCACCAUCUCUGGCAGACAGCAGGAACUCCUUCUCUUCAGCAGAGACCAGGCGGUCCCGAUCUCCAGCACAUACCAGGAGGUCUUCUUCACCAGCAGAGACAAGGAACUCCUUCUCCUCACCAGAGACCUGGCGGUCCCAUUCUCCAGCAGAUAUAAAGCAAUCUCCAACAGAUACCAGGAACCCCUUAUCCUCAACAGAGACCAGGCGGUCACAUUCUCCAGCACCUACCAGGCAGUCUCCUUCACCAGCAGAGACUAGACGGUCCCAUUCUCCAGUAGAUAUAAGGCGGACUCCAUCUCCUGCAGAUACCAGACACUCCUUCCCAUCAGAGACCAGGCGGUCCCGUUCUCCAGCACAUACCAGGCGGUCUCCUUCACCGGCAGAUGCCUUGUUGUCCUUCUCAGAGAACAGGCGUUCCCAUUCUCCAGCAGAUUUAAGGCGUUCUCCUCUAGCAGAUACCAGGCUUCCUUUCUCCCCAUCACAGACCAGGCGGUCCCGUUCUCCAGCAGAUACAAGGUUUUCUUCACCAGCAGAGACCAGGCGUUCCCUUUCGCCUGCAAAUAGCAGGACAUCUUGCCUCAUGACAGAUACCCAGGGCUCAGCAAGUUCCCAGCCUUUGCCUCCUCCAGUAGAGAGCCGCUACUCAUCUGCUGCGGCAGAUGACCAUCGCUCCUCUUCCACAGCAGAUACACAGUGUUCAUCUUCUUUACCAGUCGACAGAUACUCAUAUUCUGUGGCAGAUAUUAGACGCUUAUAUUCCUCAGCCGACACCAAGUGUCCGCCUUCCCCAGCAAACACCAGGCACCCAGUUUCUUCGGCAGAAACCAAGCACCCAACUUCUCUGGCAGAUGCCAGAUACACGUCUUCCUCAGCAGACACCAAGCAGACAUUGUGUUCAGCAGAAAACAAGCUCCCAACCUCCCCAGUAGAUGGCAAACACACUCCUUGCCCAUCAGACGCCAAGUGCCUAUCUUCCUCAGCAGAACCCAAGCACUCAUUUUCUUCUGCAGAAAGCAAGCGCUCCUCUUCCCCAGCAGGUUCUAGAAGUUUCUCUCCCACACCAGAUGGGAAGCCCUCCUGCUCUCCCAGCCCACGGAGAGAUUUUACAGCUCACGGUCCUGUGUUUGCUCAGGUGUAUACCCCAGCUUCAAAGCCAAAGAGCCUGUCAGGAACAGAGACACAAGAUGCUAAUAGCACCAUAGUAGCUGGAUCCCAGGCAGGAAACCACUGCGGUAGUGCUACUAACACCCCUCUGGCAUCUAGAUUUCAGAGAGAGAGCCUCAUAUCAAGCACAGAUGGCUCUCAGGAGGAACCUCUCCCUGUUAUUCCUAUCAGCACUGGGGCAAUGGAAUCCCAGAGGGAAAGCCAUGUGCCAAAUGGUGCUAGCUCCAGUAUAAUCACCAGAUCCCUGACAGAAAGUGCCCAGCCCAGUGCCAUAAUACUUAGAUCCCAAACAGAAAACUACCAGUCACAAGUUGCCAACACUACUUCUUUAGGUGGAUCCCUGGGGGAAAGUUACACGCCCAGGACCACAAGCACUAAACCUCCCAGUGGGCCCUGUGUGCUAAGUCCCUUGCCUUGUGUUGUAAGCUCCAGCACUGUAGCCAAAUCUCAAACCCAGUGGUAUGGCCCCAAUGGCAACAGCAUGGUCGUCUUUAGGUCUGAACGACAAGUCAUCGUACCCCAAGCUGGAACCACCACUGUCUACAGAGCAGGGCAAGAAAUUAUCAUGUCCAGCUCUGGAACAGGGAGUGCAAGCAAAGCCCUGCAAGGAAAGUCCCUCGUGCCAAGCUCUAUCAGCUCCCUGCCGCCAAAAGAAAACUUGCAGUCCCAGAGUGACCUCCCUGAUGACAAGUCCCCACAGGGGAGCCCUGCAUCCCUUCCAGAUAAUGUUUGCAACUGCUCCAUAGCAGGAUCCGAGCAAGAAAGCUGCAUGACUCAAUCCAGAAGUGCCGGUGUGAGUGACGCCCAAAGGCAAAGGUGUAUGCUUCUGCCAAACCCUGCAUUCACAUCAAAUAGAGAUGCUACCACACUCAGGGAGGGAGUUGCUCCUUUGAGCACGUCCGAGAGAGACUGCAGCCCGCACGCCAAACCUGCAUUCCAGAGGCACAGCAACUUGUUUACAUCAAGCAGGUCUGAAAGGGAACAAAGCAUGCCUGAUCCAGAUGGCCCUGUAACAAAUGGGUCAGAACAGGAGAACAACCUCUCAAGAGCAAAGAAGGCCAACACGUCUGCAUCCCAAGGACUUCGUUGCUCAUCGGAUGCUGCAGAAGAAACCAACAUGCUUAGAACCUCUGCUGAAUCCCAGGAAUCUGUGACAAGGGAACAAAAAUCCACCGUCUGGAAUGAGCUAAAAGAAGAACAAGGUUAUCCCAGAAAAGAUUCCCCUGUGUUUGCACUGGAACCAGCCAUUCCCCUUACCGAAACGAACUCCUCCCAUGAACCUCCAAGCCAGGAAGCAGGACACAGCAGCAGGACAGCAGAAGAGGAACCUGAAGAAGCUGUGGACAUGGAGCUUUUUGUAGACACCCUCCGUAAUAUGGAGCCCCCUGAACUCCACAAGCCCCUGAAGCUCCUCCCGAGGCCUCCACGUCCUUCCACGUUUGCAAAGCACACAUCCCUUCCACCUAUCGAUGAGGACCACGUCGCUCCCAAGUCAAAGCUUCCUCUCCCAGCAGCAAUAGGUGAGCUUUUCGCUCUUACCGAGGAGAGGAACUCAGAGGGAGAAAAAGAAAUGGAGGAGGAAGAAGAUGAGAUGGAGGAAAUAGAGAACCCAUAUCUUACCAAGGAUGAAAAGUCAUGGGAGAACAGCCAGGCCAGAGAGUCGUACCCUUGGGAAAACAAGACGUUCAAGACCGAGGAGGAGAUUGGCUCUUUCCUGGGGAAGUUGCAGGAAGGGGCUGCAGACGCCAAGGCCAAAGCCAUCGCUCCUAAAGCUAUCGCCAACCAGAGCAACUUAAUCAGAGCAAACAUUCUCAAAGGGCUUACUCUUUUGUCUGGCUUCUCAGACAAGAAACCUGUGGAAGAUAAGCCUUAUUCUCGCUUGGACAACAGUCUCCUCUACAGCAGGUUCAUCUCCCCAGAGAAAUCUCAACAAAAAGUCCAGGAAAGAUGGAAAGAAGGAAGAGAUUUGCCCACACUCCUGGCUCCGGCUGCCCAAAAAGUCAACAGGGAAUGCCAGACGUCUCCAAAUGAGCUUCUGCUGAAGGCACCUGAAAAUCUGAGUUCUGAAUCACUGCCAUCUGCGCUGCAAGCUGAGCCUGCCUUUGGGGUGCCAGGUGCAGACAAUAGCUCCCAGCAGGUUACUCUUCUGUCCAUAGAAACAAGCUCUCUUCCCCAGUCGAAAGCUCAGCAAGAGGAAAAGAAGCUUCCGACGAAGAUUAAUGUGCGACCUGGAAAGAUCAUUCUGUACUCUGAGGCAGGCUUUGGGGGUCAGAAGAGAGAAAUAUGGGGUGAUAUCACUGAUGCCACAUCUUGGGAGCUCUCCCACACCAUCUCCAUCCGAGUGAUCCGUGGAGGCUGGGUAAUGUACGAGAAGCCACGGUUCCAUGGGCGGAAGUGUGUGCUGGCAGAAGGGGAUGUGGAGAUCACCAACCCUUGGAGAAUGUUCCACAAAGAAGGGGCAGCAGCUGAGAAUGCUCCAUUCCAUAUCGGCUCACUCAAGAGGGUUGUGCGGGAUUACAGGAUUCCUGAGAUCAGUUUGUUUUCUGAGGAGAAUGGAGAAGGCAGAAAACAGAAGUUCACAGAUUCUGCAGAGGACACACGAAUUCACAAUGAGCCAUUGCAGGCAGCUUCUAUCAUUGUGCACUCUGGCCUGUGGCUUGUUUAUUCAAAACCCUUCUUUGACGAUGAUCCUUAUGUCUUAGAACCUGGUGGGUAUCCCAGUUUGCGAGCCUGGGGAGCCAAGGACCCCUCAAUCUGCUCCAUGCAUCCAAUUAAGAUGGGCUGUCCUGUCGUGGAAAAGCCUGGCGAGCCCAAGGCUCUAAUCUAUGAAAUGCCACAUUUUCUGGGUCAUAGCUGGGAAGUAAGCAGAGACAUUUACAACCUGAAGAAGCCAGAAAACAACCAGGACUCCAAGAUGUCUACUGCAGGCUCUCUGAAAAUCCUGGGAGGCUGCUGGAUUGGUUAUGAGAAGGAAGGUUUCCGUGGGCACCAGUACCUGCUGGAAGAAGGAGAGUACAAUGACUGGACACAGUGGGGAGGCUACAAUGAAGAACUGGUGUCACUUCGGCUAAUUCGGACGGACUUCUUGGACCCAGCCCUUGUGCUGUUUGAGGCCAUGGACUUUGAAGACGGACCCAGCGUUGAGCUCAGUGAAGCGCUGCCAGAUGUUGAGCUGGCCAGCUACGGGACCACGACACAAUCCAUCCAUGUCCUCAGUGGAGUGUGGGUGGCCUAUGAAGAUAAGAAUUUCUCAGGGGAGCAGUAUAUCCUGGAGAAAGGAGUGUACCGCAACUGUGAAGACUGGGGUGCAAGCAGCUGCCAGAUCUCCUCAGUGCAACCUAUCCUACAGGUUGGGGAACACAGUCUACACUUCAUUUCUCAGAUCCAACUCUUCUCAGAUCCAGACUUCUUGGGGAAUUACGUCUCUUUCAAGGAAGACCAAGCCUCACUUCCAGAGAAUUUCAUCCCACGCUCCUGCAGGGUCAAUGGAGGCAGCUGGAUUCUCUAUGACUGCCCCCAGUUUGAUGGAGAGCAACACAUUCUCUCUGAAGGCGAGUAUCCAACACUGACCUCCAUGGGCUGCCUCUUCACCACGUCCAUCCGUUCGCUGAAGAAAGUCCCCAUUUUCUUCUCGGAGCCCUCCAUCUUCCUACAUGGACUGGAGUGUUUUGAAGGGAAGGAGAUCGAGCUGAACAGUGAAGUGCGCAGCCUUCAGGCUGAGGGAUUCAACAACCAUGUCCUCUCUGUGCGGGUAAAGGGUGGAAUUUGGGUGCUGUGUGAACACAGCGACUUCCGAGGCCGCCAGUGGCUCCUGGACUGUAUGGAGAUCACCAACUGGCUGACAUACAGUGGACUUCAGCACAUUGGCUCCCUUUACCCCAUCCGGCAGAGACGCAUCUACUUCCAAAUAAAAAACGAAGAGUUGAAGUCCUUCCUGUCAGUCCCAGAUGACGUUGAAGACAUGAAAGCUGGGCGAGUUCUGGUCUCAGAGCUCAAUGGCAAGAGCAGCUCCAUCUGGUACUAUGAAGAGGGGCUUAUGAAGAACCAGGUUGCGCCCAACAUGAGCCUGCAGGUGAUUGGUCCAGCUGCAAAGGGAUCCAAGGUGGUGUUGUGGUCUGAGAGCCGACUGCCCCGGCAGACCUGGCAAAUUGAUUCUUUUGGGAGGAUCUGCAGCCAGAUGUUUGAAAACAAGGUCCUGGAUGUGAAAGGAGGCCGAACCUAUGACCGGGACCAUGCUAUCCUCUGGGAUUGUUCGGAGGAAAGGCCUACACAGAUCUGGGACGUCCAGGUGCUUUGAAGAAAGCAGGAAUUGGAGAGCCAUGUCACGUGCAGAACUAGAAUUUAGCCUGCAAGUCACAGACGUUUGUCCUUUUGUGACCAAGCUGCAUCUUUGGGGAUUAGCUGCUGAAAUGGAUAAGUGACUGGGUGCUGCAUUUGGUUAGUAGAUGCAAUCCUUUCCCCACAGAUUGCAGCCCAGAAAGAGGAAAAUGUUUCUGUGAAGUACAGAGAUUGGUCUCCUCAAGGAACUCUGUAGAGGAAAGGAGGCAAAAGCUGGUUCUUUUCCAACAACUAGGAGCUGAGCCCAGCAAGAUGGAGAUUAUUGGCGAGUUCUGAUACGCGGAUCAUUCAUGAAUGGACAAAGUCAAGCAGCUCACCUGUAUGAGCACAGGAAAGCAAGCUGCCAAAGCCUCACAGGUGUCCCCAGCCCUGCUGGUUUAGGCUUAUAUAUGAAUAUCUAAAACAAACACACACAUACAGCAUGAAUGAGCCUUUUGUCCUUGCAUGCAGCCCAUUCCCUUUCCCCUGUGCUCUUCUUCCUAAGGGGAUAGGCUACCUUGUAAACUCUAUUUAUGUACCUGUGUAUGAUACUAUGCCUUUUAUAAAUCCAUCUCUCUG